GAUAUGAUAUGGGUGCAUGAAAGCCUUUUAUGUAGAUUUUACUUUAAGAACGCAUUAUUUGUGUAGCCAUACCCACGUUUUAGAUGAAGCCUCGUUCAACACCAGCCAACACAAGCCUCGCAGACACAUAUCCCGUCAUUCCCAUGAGGGCACGGCGCCCUUUAAGAAACUCGCAUAGACGGUGGUGCCAGUUUACCCUCUAGGUGCUAUAGUGAGAAACGCUAUGGUCAAAACAUUGAUGAAUGGACAGGGACAGUUUCGUAUUGUGUGACUUCUGCGGCUUUUGCUUAUAUUUAAUGACAAAUGCGCGUGAUGGGCACUAAAAUAACAAUAUUUGCUGGAAAAACGCGAAUGAGCCCAAAAAAAACUCGACUAGUGACUGUAAAAAUCUAGAAGCAACUUCGUGAAAAAAGAAGCCCCAAUCUGGGCUUAUUAUAAGCGGAACUGGCAACCCUGCUCCCAUGGUUCACCAUGUGUGAUGAAGAAAUAGGUCUUUGUCUGUUAAAUAUAAAAAUAACUGACAGAUGCAUUUCCAUGCUCUUUCCAAUAGUAAUUCGCCAUAUAUAUAUAUUGCUGUCCUUGGUAUCAUUGUUGGCUUCUUAUGAUUAAUAAAUCGGGCCUCUCAGUUUCCUUUCUUCUCGUUCAUGUAUGUGUGUGUGUGUGAACGAGAAGAAGCGAAACCGAGGGGCCCGAAUUUUAUUCGUCAUAUCAUAAGAAGUCAACUAUGACACACACACACACAUGCAUGCACGCACACACACACACAGAGACAGACAAACAGACAGAGAGAGAGGUCAAAUGGUAUGUGGUUUGCCCCUCCACUCGAGAAAUAGUUGGUACGAUACUGAAUAACUGUAAGCAAACUCAUUUUAUAGAAUGAAAUAAACACAUGGCUAAGGCACAUGAGAAACGAUAUGAAUUAGAUUUUUGCAAGAAAUGUCAGUACAUCGACAUCCAUGUUAUUAGAUUUUUUUUUAACAGAUGUGGUAUUGUGUUACCUAAUCUUCCACUGUUAGUUCGGCAUUUCGAAGUGUGCCAAAGCUCUGAGUGUUGGCUAUCAUACAUGGGUAUAUUGGUAUGAAGAUGCACCAGAAUGUGCAGGUUAUUGACAUUAGCUCUUAUUUCUCUCCUGCAACUACAUCAAUAAACCUAAUGCGGUAAAUGUUAAUGUUACUAGAAUUGCAUCUUGCGAGCGAGCAACCCAUCUGUGUGUGUGUGUGUGAAAAUACUUUUAUUAGAUACUAUGUGCAAUACGUUUUUCUGUAACAUGAAAAUUUUGUGCAAGUUUGUAGCAGUGGUACCCAUACAAGCUGGCAAUAAUUCAGGUGUGACAAAAACAUCAAAUUAUACAAUGAAAUCUUGACUUUAGUUGGGAGGAAGUGUCCAUGUCGGCCUAGUACUCCUGUUGCACGAAAGAGCUUAGUUAUAACUGCAUUUGCAUGUUUAUCCAGGGUGCGUACAGGUCCUUGAAAGUCCUGGAAUUUUUUUGCCCUUCCUGGAAAAUGCUUGAAUUUCGUGAGCAAUGCACUCUGAUAUCGACAUUGGGACCUCCUUUCUGUGGUAGAUCGGUGUCGAUCUGACAAACUCCCCAUUUCAGAAACAAUACGCGAGCGCACAUGGUUUUGCAGACCUGCACAGAAAGGCUUCACCGUGUGAAACCGUGAACGGAGCGAGAGACAAGUGCCGCGCUUCGUUGCUGGCAUCUAUUUGUUAUAAUACAAUGGAUGUGUAGCAAGACUACACUGCAUGUUGGAAAUGUUCGGUAAACUUGCCCAGUUAACACUGGAGAAGUCAGAGUAACUGUUGGGAGCGUUCAUUGUGUUUUGUUACCUUUUUUUUCGGUAUUGUGAAUUUGCAAAGUGAUCAAGGAUAGAAAUUAACAUCAUUUUGAUAUACAUUUUUUUUUUAUAUUAGGGCAAUAACACUAUACUGAAUGUUUUGGAUAUGUUUGGUGAACUUUACCCAGCCUACACCGGAGAAAUCUCAACCACUGUUGUAAGCGUUCAUUUUGUAUUGUGAUCUUGAGAAGUUAUCAAAACUAGACAUUUUUAUCAUAAUUAUGAUAUACAUUUAUUUAUUAAAAGUGCAUUAGAACUAGUAAUUUUUGUAAAUGUUAGAGUAAAAAAAAAAUACUACUUUGGAUGCCGCUUUGCGUCCUUGAAAAACCUGUAACAGGUCCUGGAAAGUCAUUGAAUAUCCUUGAAUUUUUGCCUUGGAAACCUGUACGAACCCUGAUUAUCCCAACUCACGUGACUCAAAGAAUGCACACCAUUUAUAUAUACUUUAUACAGGGGAGGACCAAGAAUACUGCCAUGCAGGACACCAGGUGUUAUUUGUUUAUAACGUCGGAUUUGUUUUUUUGUAAAACCAAACUGUGCUUCGAUCAUUACGUUGUGGGUUUCACAAAAUUUAAUCAUGCGAGUGUGUAUUACUUUUUCUAGACCUUUAGAAAAUAUAUGUGAUACCAAAUCUGGGGGUCUGUAUUCUGUUGUUAAACAUAUUUGAUUUCCUUUCUUUUACAGCCUUCUUUUGAGUAAAUGUGAGUAUCAGCAAGCGUAAGUGCUAGUUAAUAUGAACAAAAAUUGGUGAUAGUGAAUGGAGGAACUUUGGUCGAGUGUGAGUUAUGUGAGUGGGUGCCGGUGAAUGAAAGCCACUAUGAACAAGUGUUGAUCAGUAAAAGUAGGAGUGCGGGUGAAAAAUAUCGGUGAGUGAGUAUCCGCUUAUUUAUUCAACCUGUGGUCAAGUGAUGUCUUCCCGGUAGACCUGCUGAAAUUGGUUAGUGCUGAUUGGUUAGUGGCUGUGACGGGGGGGGGGGGGGGGGGCUGCACCGAUUCUAGGCUCGGCCCUCAUUACAAACACAUUAAAAGCCUUGUGAGGACACACAUUGUUAAAAGGUUAAACUAGCAUGAAAUGCACAGGAGGGAAACACGUCACGUGUUUCACAUUAGUUUAACCUUUUAUUGAUGCACUAAAUAGCCCAAACAUCCACCCUUCUGGACACACAAUUGUGCGCUCGCAUCAGGUUUAGCUCAGCUUAGAUAACGCUGUCCCGAGGAUCAACCCAUUUUACUCAGCCAGGCAGCUGUGCACCCAAAAAGUGGUGGGCGGGGGGAGGAGGCAAAGGAAACUUCAUUUUGAAAAGUGUCGGUUGCAUUUCGUUCUUUCAAAUUAUUCGUGUUACAGUGAAAGCAAGCCUCAGGAUACCUAACCUAUCAUUUUGUGUGAAAAUUGCAUUUAGCCAUGUUUCAUAAGUUGUUUCACCAUCCAGCACAAUGCAGCGAUCUCAUUCUUCCGUGGUACAUUUCGCCACACGUUAAUCAUGUUUGUAAUUUAGGCAUUGACGACAUUAUUACUAGGUCAUUCUUUCAGUCAUUCCUACCUUGAGCGAUGAUAUUGUAAUCAUCAGUAACAAUGAACAUUUUGAUGAUGCAUUAGCUAACACUGUAGAUGUAGGGGAAGUGUUGUACAACGCAUAUACUCCUAAUCAAACUAUGUUACUAAUUUACUUUUGUGUUUAUGUGGUCUGUAUUAGAUUUUUUUUUUUUUUUUGCUUGCACAAACUGUACCCACUCUUCUGUUUAAUGCCCCCUGGGCCGUGAGGGUAACUGAAAUAAUAAAUAAAAUUGUAAAUUGUUUCCACAUCUGCUUUCCUUAUCGUAAUGCUGACCUGUGGUUAAUUUGUUGUCUGUAGGUGACACGACAUUCAGCAGUCCCCAUCAUGGUCUUGCCACUAGUAUGAUUGAAGAGCUCGUCCUGCCUCUCACACUAUUUUCAUGUUUCUGUUUGAGCAAGAGAUUCAAUUCCCAAUCUCGGUGGCCGUAUUCUGAUGAUGCAAAAAUGCUCGUGUACUUAGGUUGAAGAAAGGUGGAGGUCAAAAUUAAUUUGGCGCCCCUCGCUACGUCUCUCAUAGCCCACAAGUUGCUUUAGUAAUUAUUAUUAUAAAUAGUAAUAACCUAAUUUGUUUGAUAGGACACACUGCAAACCAAGGAAGUUGGCCUAAAGGGUGUUUUGUUAUAAUGAAGGCCCAGCCUGUUAGUAAAGUGUUGCAGCAUAGUAAUAAAAAGUAAAAAAUGUACAUAACUAUAUCUCAACAAAAUAAUUCAGUACACAGUAUGCAUGCACAUGGAAAAAGUAACAUAAACAAAUUGAGAAUAGUAGCAAAACAUUCCCUGUAGAUUAAAGGAUCAAAACAAGAUUGCCAAAGCAGAAAACUAGACAGAGAGGUAAAUAACAUUGGUAAUAUGGCUCUCCUAACAACAAGCUGUUCAAACCCCUGAUGGGAGAAUAACAUGUAAAUGUUUUCAUCACUAGAGCAUGUAUUUCUAGAUUAAUUUGGGGACUCUACAAUUUAAUAAAAAGAGAUUUUUUUGCACCUGUGUGGCGAUUAUGUGAGCAUGUGUACACCUGUGCUGUUUGCAGUGGGGCAUGGUUGUUGCUCCUGUGGCCCCCCCAGACGGGCAAGGAAGGUGAUGGGCGUUGCUACGACAGAGAGACAGCCCCCCGGAUGCCCCCAUGCGAGCCCCUGGCCGCCACUGUAGGGCACACGGGGGACGUCAUGGGGGUGGGCGCGUCGUCUCCAGACCCUCCCCAGGUCCCUCCCGAGAUGGGGCGGAAGAAGAGGGGAGUGGCACCGCUGCUGACGCUGCGGAAGCGUCUGGCACGCCGCCGGUGGAGAGCCAGCAAAGGCUUUGACCACGCGCAAGUCUUCAACGACUUCCUCAACUCAGCCGGCUGGACUGUGCGAGAGGUGGCAGCACUAGUGCACGAGUACGAAGCCACCGCUGCCCUGCGAGAGCUGACCGCACAAGCGGAUGCUGCCAGACCCCCUGCACGGUCCUGUCGGGCUGACCUCGGGCGCCUGUUGGAGUCCCGGCUGUGUGCUGACGUGACGCUCGCUUACCGGGGCACUGCGUUUCCUGCCCAUCGGGCCUUGCUUUCAGCUCGUUGCCCUUUUUUUAGGGACCUGCUGUCGGAAGCUGGAGGAGGACCACGGCAACAAAUGAUGGUGGUGGAGAUGGACAUUCCAGGCGUUGGGGUGGAGCUGUUCGGGGACCUGCUGCGAUACCUGUACACGGGCGAGCUCAGCGUGGCUGGAGAGGCCGGCAGCAGUGCUGCUCUCUCGACAUUGCUGCGGUUGAGCGAGCAGUUUGGAGUGCCAAACCCAUUGGCACUCGACCUUCGGAGGAUGCUCGAAGGUGGACACCUGGCGGACGCCAGCCUGGUGUGGGAGGUGCCAGGCAGCGGAGGGGGUGCGGAGCAGGAAGCCGAGUUUCCCUGCCACAGGGCAGUGCUGGCAGCACGGUGCCCCUUUUUCCGUGGAGUGAUCCAGCGACGGACUACCACUGCUAGUGGCAGCAGCGGAGUGAGUGAAGCGGGAGGGACCACGCCCAGCGGUCGUAUGCGUGUCGUUCUCGACGCCGGCGUGGUUCCUGUGAGGCAUGCGCGUGUCCUGCUUUGGGCUCUGUAUCAGGACACAGUGGACUUGUCCAUGCUGCCUUGUUCAUCUGGCGGAUCGUUGGCCGACGAGUUUAUGGAACUUUAUCAGGUGGCACGGCUCAUCGAGGUGGACUCGCUUGCUCAGGCCUGCGAGGAUGCGCUGGUGGAGCUGCUGGGCCCGGACACCCUGUGCGGAGUGUUGCAGUGGAGUGAGCAGCCGCACGGCUCACCCUGGGUGCACCGGCAGGCCAUGGCUUUCCUGGCUGAGGAGUUCUCAGCACUGGCAGCGACCCCGCUGCUCUUCCAGCUCACCAAGGGCCAGCUGCUCACCCUGUUGCAGUCGGAUUUUCUGCAGGCGAGUGAGCUGGAGAUCCUGGUGGCUGUACUCAAGUGGGGGGAGCAGCAGUUGCUCAAGAGGAUGGAAGAAAGAGAGCCGAACAUAGUGAGCCAGACGGCACACAGCGUUGCCAGGCGUGGCGCCCGCAGUCGGCGCGACCUGCUGAGUGACAGCGAACUGCGAGACUUGCUCUCCGAGCUGCUGUGCCACGUGCGGACGGCGCACGUGCUUCCCCCGGCCGCGGAUGCCCUGCUGUCGGCCCAGAGGCGUGGCCUCUUUCCCCGCCCACCACCAUGCAUGCUGGGAGGGGAGGAGGCCCCACCCUCCAGGGGAGCUGCUUCCUGGUUGGCAGGCCCUCGGCCUCGCCUCUUCGCUCCUUAUGUGGAGGAGGCUAAGGCCUGGCUGGAAGAUCAGCUCUCCCAGGAGCAAGCAUUGGGACCUGUGUCACCGAGCCCGUGGCCCCCACACCUGUCGCACAUUCCAGACACACUCUAUAUGGUGGACAAGGGGGCCUCGGGGGCAUUCCGAGAGGCCUGUCCCUGUGUCCCUCAUGGAGGUGCCCCUGCACCAGCCGUGCGGCUACCCGAUCCUUCACUGCCAGUACUGAGUGAAGAGCUGCUACGGCAGAUGCGGCAGCGGGAGCAGGAGUUGCGGCAGGCGGCUGCCCGUGCCUACUCCCUGGGGGCCAGCCGCUGUGCCAUCAGCCACCAGUUGCAGUUGCGCGUGGUGCGGGAGGCGGGGCUUCCCGACCAGGCUGCCACCCUACUUGCUCAGGCCCCGAGUGAGGACUGGGUCCCCUCGAUGCAAGACCCCCUGGACCUCAUGGUGGCGGCGAGGCCUGCCGCUUCGGCUCGAGCUCCACCAAACCCCAUCUUGGUCCCACCUUCACGAGCCCCGCCUCGGCGCUUGGCUCCGCCCUCCGACCUCAGGCUUCACAGGCAGCCACACCUGGGGAGGAGGGCGCUACGAUUGGCUGAGCUGCAAAGCGAGAACAGCAAUCUGAGCAAGAUGAUCCCAGACAUUGCCAUGGCGACGGCGACUCUCGAGCACCUGGACCUAGCCGAGUCUGACAAGGACGACUAUGGCUGCGAGGCUGAUGACCUGUCUCCCGUGCACAUGCUUGUCUGACCCCUGCCACGGCCGCGACGCCGGCACGUCAGUCUCCCGUUGCAGCAGCAGGAUCAACUUCUGCAGCCACGCAGCUCCUUGGGCGGCCAGUUUGCGCACCCCCGUCGGUUUCUGUCAUCAUCUAAGCCAUCUUAUGUGUUCAACAACCCUCCCGGACUACUGUUGCCAGCAUCCCGGUGGCCCCUUGUACAGUCUCGUGAUGACAGCUUCGAGGAACUGGAGAGACACGCCUCGUCAUUGUGGCGUGCCAGGGACAGCUUUUCUUCAUUAGGACGUCGUCCACUGCCCAUGCGUUCGCAGAGACCAUGGUUCGCGUCUGGUGUGCACGACCCUUCCUCCAGAGCCAGCAGGAGACACUGAGCCGAGAGGUACGGCAGCUGCAAGAGGAACGUUUGUUGAAACUGUUAUUGCUCUCCGUCUGCUAUUUAUUUAUGAUUCAGUCUUCCACUGCUCUUUGGACACAGUGUGGUGUGUAAAUUUCAAAUUGUUGAUUACCGGUCUUUGUUUUGUCCCAAACAGUUAUGUAAGUGAUGCUGGCACAAAAGGUCUGGAUUUAUGUCCUACCAUGCGGAAGGACGUUUGUACAAAGAAGUCCAAAUCCAGUGUUUCAAGAUAUUUGGGUUCAAGCUUGAAUUUUAAAGAUAAGCUGUCUUGUAGGUAACGAUGGCUGUCGUCUUUGAAAUGAUUUAUUUGAUACGUGAGAUUAUCUAACAAGUAUGCCUUUUAAUACUGCAACCUACAUUACAACAUUAUUAAUAAUUAAAAUGAUGCCACGAUUGCAACUAUGUUAGUGCUUACGGCACAAGGGUCGAAAUUGCUUUUUGAGAGCUUAUUGCAAGAUCUACAUGCGCCUAGAUUUUAUCAUUUAAAAUGAAUUUAUAUUUCAGUAUUUUGUAAAUGUAUUCAAAUUUUUUUCUUCUUUUCCUUUUAUUUUUAGGUAAGUGUACAUUCCUUUUGACACAAACAUAAGGUACAUUGGUAAUGCCUGGUCAAAAGUUCAUAGAAGGCUUUACUUCAGGAGCUCCCAUCUAAUCGAUACUCUACAGUUUAAUCUCGUUAUAAUGAAGUCGGAUUCAACAUAAAAAUACCUUUAUUUUAUCCGAUAGUCGUUAUAAGUAUACACUGUAAAAAAAAGUUGCAAUCAGGUCUAUGUGAAAGAAAUGCAAGUUUGGCGCCUCUAACAAUGGCCAGCAAAUGGACUCCUGCGAAUUUUGAUGGCCCUUUAGUGGUUUGCCGUGUCAAGAUGUGACCUGGGAACAACAAUAAAUUUUGUACAUGCACGAUCACUAAUAUGCAACCGUGUGAUCACAUGAGAUCAGCACAUUGGCUUGCCGGCUGCAGCCAAGGCAAGCUGCUGGCUAAAACGCACAGCAAGCAUGUCAGAAUUUGGUAUAGCUUUUGUUGAAUUACACAAGAGGGUCCUGAACCAAGGCUAUUAGUCCAGCCCACCUGAUUAUACGUCCUGAAUUUUUUUAAGACCCCAAUCAAUUUUUAAAACAAAUCAACAAAUGUAGAAAAUUGAAAAAAAAAAAGAAAUAAGCCUUGCAUUUAAGCAACUCUUUUAACUCUGCAGCAAAAACAGACAUUCCUAUUCCAUAAACUGAAAAUGAUGAAGCACAUGAUUGCAAACAAAUUUUUAUACUAAUUUGGUAUUUACAUAAUGGGUUAAAUUGUUCACCUAAGCUUGCUAAAAAGUGAUCUUCACAAAGCAGUUGUAUUUUCUAGAGCUACAUGCAAUGGGCAACAUUGUUUUAUCUUUCGAUGCUCUAAAAAGAGUCUGCCCAGAGGAUCGUUCACAUUUUUUUUAGCCCUUUAAGGAAUGUGAAAAAAAUGAGAAAAUAAACUUGCCAGAAAGAUGAAAUAUUUUUUGCAUGCGAACGAUUCCUAUGAUCAUAAAAAGCAAGACCAUGUGAAAGACUUCUGUCAGAAAGGUGAAUUUUAGUAUAAAAUUUACACUUUAGCAAAGGUGAGAUUCACUGCAUGCAAGUGAGUCUUCUCCCUACUUCACGUGCAAAAAAUGAUUCUGAUGAACAUGUAAAGCAAAGGUAAAACAUUUCUGUUGGGAAGGUGAAAUUUAUUAGGAAAAAGUUCUUGUAACGAAGGUAGGCUUCACUGCACACAGGUGAGCCUCCCAACUUCUUUCUUCAACAGCUGGGAUGUUAUUUACAAGUACACCAUCCAAAAACAGUGCAAUGCAACACAGGAGCUGAAAUCCUCUUCAAGUCUGCAGAAAAACAGUAAAGUGCUUGACGAUCUCAGCUCAUCUUGCGUCCUUAAUUGACGAGCUACAGGAUAGGAAACGACAUUGCAUUUUCUUUUUCCAAGCCUUGGCAGUUACAUCUUUUUUAAACUUUUCCACCUAAAUGCAAAAUCUGCUUUGAGUGGUCAGUUGAAUCCACUUUGUUUAUUUAAUGCAGAAAAUAUUCACUCACAAUGGUUAGCUGUGGAAAAAAGAAUAUUUUUAUGUUUAAAUGUAUGUGAAUUUAGGUAGAUAUUGCAUCCUCCUGAUCUGGAGGCUUGCCUGGAAAAUUUUAGUUUUUUGUACCAUUGGAGGCAACCAUGUACACUGUUCGAAGGAACGGCUAACAAGUGAUAAAGCCAAUACAACUGGAAUGUUUCUUUGUUUUUGUCAGAAAGAAGUGGCUGGGAUAAUCAAAUUUGUAUAUCAAAAAUUUGCCUGUAGGCCUUUACACCACAUCCUAACAAUGGCAGAAUACUAGCUGCAUGUUCCCUUUAACAGCGGACUGUACUGAACAAUCUUCAUGCAAAACCACAAACAUUAAAGGGGCCCUGGAGCACUACUUGAACAUAAUAAAAAAAAUGUUGCCAAUCUGUAAGCAAGGCUCUCCUCUGAACAUGCGAGCCAAAUAUUAUUGCACUGCAUGCAGGAGGGAAUUUACCAUCUCAUGUCCAAAACUGUGAAAAAUCUCUCCUUGGCAAUGUCAUCAUGCAGCUGUAUCGCAAGACCUAGAACAGUUUUUGGUGAAUUUGGUGAUCGUGAGAACAUUCUCAGUAAUACUACUGCUGCUCAUUUUGAGUUAAAUAAAUGAAAAAUAUAUAUCAGACAAAAAAAAAAGCAUUUCAUCUUUACGCUGCUGGUCUACACAUGACAGUUGCGUGUAGCUGCGCCUGCUGUGCGUGGUAGCAGCGGUGUGCUGCGUAGAUAUCGUGGCCCCUGCCAUCUCCCCUGCGUAGCUCUAGUGGAGGAGAGAGAAAGCCACUCAUCAGUGCGAUAACUGUGUCUAACUCGGCUUAUGCUGGAAGGAAUUGGAAAAUGUUUGCGGCAGAAGAUUCGUAAGGCAACAUCCUUUAAUAAUGAGGCCAUUCUAUGAUUAGCUAAAAAAGUGUUUCAGUGCCAAGCCAACUAUAAUUUUUUUUUUUUUUUUUGAAGUUGUUGGCCAUGACACGCAGUUUAGUGUAGGAACAUACCUGCAAGGAAGCUAUACUCACCACUUUCUCCUGUUUUCUUUCUUUUUGAAGCUGAGUUUGUGAUAGCAGUAAGUGAGCUGGGCUAAAUAUAUAUAACAACUCGUAUCAAAAGCCUCCACUUUGCUUUGCAGCGUAGGUCGUUACUAGACGAAAGCAUGAGCUUUGACCUCGCUUAUAUCAGGUGGGUGCACUUAAAAAAAAAAUAACUGAGUUGUCUUUUGCUCAAUACGUUGUGUACAGAGAAUGCAUUUUCUUCAAAAACACUUUACUAUGUGUGUCAUGUGUUGUACAAUUUGCCUGGUGAAAUCACUGUGCUGGAGCAUUUAUUUGCAUGCGGCACUUUUACUUGCAAUGCCAACUGUUUGCUGUACCAUUAUUUUUUUAUUGAACCUUUUUACACCUGUUUGUUUGUAUGCCAACUUGAUUUCUUGGUACCGUGACGAGACAGCUAUCAUAGAAAAGAGUUGCACAAGCUAUAGUAAAACCUCGUUGAUAAGAUUUUUGAAGAGUAAAAAAAUAAAAUGAGAGAAAUCUUGAAAAACAUAUGCUCCAAACGGUGUAUUGCCAAUGCUCUUCCAUCUUGAAUAUAUUGUCCUGUGGCCCUUAUGUAUGCAGAUGAAGGAUGGCAAAGCCUUGGGAAAUGAAACUCAAAUAGAUGAGACACUCAUGGACGCCAAACUGAAAUACCAUUCAAACAAGUUGGUGAAGAUCACAGGGUUGAUGUACAACACUGAUUGGUCGAAUAACACUGCUUGCAAUCUGUUAAUAGGGUGUCAUUGUGCAUCCAGGAUUGACUGACAGUCAUUGUAACAAUUGUCUAAAUGCACCGCUUACGUUCAAUAAUGAUAGGCCCAGUUUCUAGACAUCACUUGUGAAGCAAUAUUGUGCAAAAGUGAACAUGUAACAAAAUUAACCACAGAAAAAUAGUGCAGCAACAAAGCAUUAUUUUAAGCAAAGUGAGCUUGGUUGUAUAAGCCGAGAAUGUAUCGAGUGUACCUGAGUAGACUAGUUGCAUCUUGGAGCAUGACUGCACCUGAAGACGGAACAAUGAGCAAUAUGGUGCUGGCUAGCAACUGAACCACACAUAUAUAAGUCAGAUGCACCACUUACACCAAUCACUGUGUGCAUCUCUUGAUUUCUUUGUUGGAUAUUAAAACUGACUGAACACUGAGGGACUGUUCAUAAGUCCGACGUCACUGCAAGAACUGACGAUAGACUUGCUCGACUCUGGACAUUGAAGUAAUUUUUACUCAUAGUAUUGCACAUGUGCAUGAGGGCUUGUGUGAUGCGUAAAUUUGGCUGAUUUGACUUUUGGCUUGUAUGCAAUUAAUGUAUUUGCUAGUCGGUUCUAUUUCCUCUCUGUCCUGUUAGCCUGUAUAUUUUUCGUGGUUCAUUAUCUGCAGUCUGAAUUUUGUGGCUGUUUGCAGAUACAUGACAGGGUCUGGCAUAAUUAUGGCAUGCAGCAUACUUUGUACUGCAAAUCACACAGCAAAUAUGGUUCGAUUUAAACUCUACCACACGAGUAUAUAUGUUGCAACCAGUGGGGUAGCUCCAGUGUGCAGUAGAAUCUGAGCAUCCAAAGCUUGGCAUGAGCAGCUAAUUUGCCACAUUAAUUAGUGCAGUCUGUACUAGCCAAGUUUUAUUUGCAGCAUGAUCGAACCACUGCAGUUCUGUCUGGGGGGGUAGCCACAAAUAGAAAGCAUGGAACCCUGGUAUGGUAGUCUCAGUAGAUCACUUUGACAUCAUAUUGGCACUGAUUGGUUAGGCAGGUAGGCACAACACCCAUCACUCCAGUGAAGCACAGUGCAAGACAUCAUUUCACGCAAAUAUGAAAGAAUCCUGGAAAGUCAUUGACUGAGAAUACGGUCCCUAGAACCUGCUCUGUGCAGUGCGUUGCCUAAUUAAGCGGAAAAGCAUUACUGCAAGAGCAGUAAUGCUUAUUAGUAAAUGCAUAUGAAGAUACUAUAUUGCUCAGCAUCUAUUGAGCCAAUUUUAGUGAGGUUUGUCUCAAAGACGGAAAACGAAAUUUAUUGGCUACUGGGAGCAGAUUUUUUUAUUUUGGACUUCAGUUUGUCUUAUAAAAAUUGGCAAAACUUAAAAUGAAAAAUGAAGUCUGCAGUUUUUUAACCACCUACACAAUUUCAUGGUACUGUAAACUGCAUCGAUUAAGAUGUGCAUGCAGACAAAAUUGAUAUACAGUCGACUCAAUUCAAACCCUUGCAGGGCUGCAAGAUUUAGUCUAAUUAUCCGAAAGGUCGAAUUAACGAGUGGCAGCAUUAUGAACAAAUUCAAAUAUAUUUUUUUAUUGCUUGAAGUAGUCUGUAAUGUGCUUUUGUUUCUUGCUCUCUAAGCGAAACUCAAGUAGCAUCAGGCAAAGAGAGCUGGCAUGUUUAAACACUGGCUCAGCAUGGCGUGACAAGUGGCCACAGAUUGCUUCAUGGGCUGAAGGAGUGCCGGCUGCUAAAGCAUAAAUAUAUAUAAAACAGCUGCAUGCCUGCGGAAGCAGUAGCAUCGUCUACCGAGUUUCUUGUUAACCACUGCGGGCCAGGAGGGUUGCCUAUGUGGGUUGGUGGGGAUCGAAAUAACUGAAGCGGCACGCUUUUGAGUUCGAACUCAACAAGUUUUCCUUCCUAGGCAAUGUACGAUUUCUUGCCAGGACAUUCCAGCAUCUUCGAUUUAAGCAGAAAGUGGAAUUAACUGGGGUCAAAAACUAUCACAUACGCCUCUGAAAUAUGCCACCAAUUUGUGAAUAUAACUUUUGCAGAACUUGUCUGAACAAUGUAACAAUUUCAUGUAAGCUGUUAAUUGAUAUACCAUAUUUGUGCACUUAGAUGCCCUAGUAGAUGCUCAAUUCACAGUUUCAAUGUCUGUUUUUGUUGUGAAGUAAUGAAGUUGUUAAGCAAGUGUUUCAUUUCCGUUAAAAUUUGCAGUAUUUACAAUUUUUGGCAAAAAAUUUCAAGGCCUAUAUCAAAAUUCUGCUUGCUACAGAAUUUAGCUUCCUCUCUCAAAUGCAACCACUGUCAUUCAAAUCAGUUCAGGGGUUGUGUAAUGAGAGAAUUUCUGCGCUUCACAUGUAUUUGAUUAUAAAGAAAUGGCUGUUGGCUUUCUUUAUAAAAAGAGAUCAGAUUUUGGCCUGCUUGCGUGCACUCAACUAGUGCAAAUGCAAUGGCACAUUUUACUGGGCAUAUCCGAACACUCCUGCAAAGCUUAUCAUGACAAUAAACUUGCUCCUGUAGUAUCAACGAAGAUGGAAUAAUGCUACUGACGCCUCUUGUCCAUGUAAUACAGCGUCAUUGUUAUUUGCAUGACCGUCAGAGUGCUAUAAAAUGACGUGUUGAAUAUGCCGUAAUUGUUCUUUCUACAAUACAUAAAGUAGAAGAGAAUUACGCUUCUCGUCUGCUUUAUGUCCUUGUUGUAAGCUGUUCUUUUAAUUACUUCAACACUGCUAAUCAUUUCUUUUUGCAUAAGCUUAAAACUGUAUCCUACUAUGUAUACUUAAUUCUGUAAAGCAUCUCAUCUGUCGCGAUUCAUAAGAACAUUUCGAUAUGUUUGCAGUUUGUCUGGUGCCCUGAGGCAUUGCGAGUGCUGUCCAUAAAGAAAUCAUGCAGUGUGCAACCAAACUGUAUUGUUUAUUAAGAGCACUCCCUGAACAUGCGUUUCUAUGCAUUAUUGUUGAGCAUCUGAUGUGGCAUCUGUUUCUGUUUUACUAUGUGUUGACUUUUUUUCUUCACAUUGGGGAGCAAAUAAUGUUCACAAGCUAUUUGUGCAUUAAAAAAGAUGCUUCUGCUAUAUGAGGUGAUCAUAGUGGGCAGUGCAAUUAAAAUGGAAUGUAUUUA